AUGGCUCUAAACCCCAAAGCCAAGAAAGAGGUGACCCAAGAAAUGUUAGAUGGUGUUUUCUCAAAAGAUCCAUCGAUACAGUUCAAAUACGCUUCCAUGUUUGAAAAGGGAAACAUUCCUAUCGAUGAGAUAGUAAACUCUGGAGUUGUGCCUCGUUUCAUUGAGUUUCUUAAGAAGGAAGAUUCAGUCAUGUUUCAGUACGUUGCUGCUUCCGUUCUAAGACACGUUUCUCAAAAGAACACCAAAGUUCUUAUUGAUCACGGUGCUGUUCAAAUCUUUAUCCAUCUUCUUGCUGGUGCUACUGAUGAUUCUGAUGUCCAUUUUCAGGUAAUUUACUUAUUAAAUAAUGAAAACAUCCAGAGUUUUAUCGACGCUGGUCUUGUCCAAAGACUAGUCCAGCUUCUCGGACACGUUUCUCCAAUGGUGAUUGUUCUUGCAUUAAGUAUCAUUUUGGAUCUAACUAAUGGAGAUAAUCAACAGACCCAAGUUGUGAUAGAUCAUGGUGUUUUACCUCUUCUUGCAAACCUGUUUACUCGAAACCAUGUUACACAGUGGAAAACUUGCUGGACGAUUUCAAACAUCACUGCAGGCACUGAAGAACAAAUUCAAUCAGUGAUAGAUGCAAAUCUGAUUCCAACAUUGGUCAGUUUGGCUCAAAAUGCUGAAAUUAUGAUUAAGGAAAAAGCUGUAUGUGCAAUUUCAAAUGCAACCUCAGGUGGUUCUCAUGAUCAAAUCAAGUACUUGGUGAAGCAGGGUUGCAUAAAGCUUUUGUGUGAUCUCCUGGAUAUGGACAAACCAGGAAUCGUAUUAAAGUGUCUGAAUGGAUUGGAAAACAUUUUGAGGGCCGGAGACGUGGAAGAAGAAGACUACUCCCAGAUGAUUGAAGAUGCGGAAGGGUUAGAAAAGAUUUUGAAACUGAAACACCACAGAAGCAAUGAGAUCUACGAGAAGGCUUUGGAGAUUCUGGAGACAUACUGGAAGGAGGAGGAUGAUGAUGAUGAUGGUGAACAGACACAACAACCUCUAAAGUGA